CUAGGCUGCCUAUAAAUCUCAGCCAUUAUUAGUGAUAAAGAAUUCAAUUAAUAUCUCCCUCUCUCUCUCUCUCUCUCUCUCUCUCUCUCUCUCUCUCUAUUUCCGCUGAUCACAGAAGAGAGCUAUGACAGUCAGGAAUAACAGGGAGUCUCCGGGCGAGAGGAAAGGGUACGUGCAUAGCCAGGUGCUGCGGAUUCGGGAGGAGGAUUCGCAUGUGGGCCAGGAUCUCCUUGACGACGUUUUGAAAGCCGGCGCCGGGGUUGAUCAUAAUAAUAACUAUGGCUUGAUGAUCAAGAAUAUGGUGGCUGCUGCUGCGGCUUCGUCGUCGCCGGUGAUCAUGAAUGAUCGAGUAGUGGUGUUGUUGACGAGACCGCUGUUGCCUUCCUCCCCUCUUAGCCGUAAAACCACCGUCAAUUAAUCACAGCCGGGGAUGAAGAACCGAGAGAGAUCGAUUGGCCGACGGCGGGACUUAAUUGGGGGCGUGCCACGUGGGCAGGAUGGAUCGAGUUGGUGUUUAUGUUUUAAUUUCUUUUUACUGGUAAAUUUCAUGUAGUUAGGUGUCAAAUAUAUGGGGUUUUUUUUUC